AUGAACGAAAAAGAAAAGAAGCAAGUUCAAAUCAAUGUUCCCUCCGACGACCCAAAGUCUAAGGAAGUCGACAAGAAAUCAAAAGACGGAGAAGUCAAACUCAGCGAAGAGGACGAACGUAUCAAAGAGCAGGUGGAAUUUUUGGUAAGUCGAUCCGCGGACAGGGAUCUUGGGAUAGCGAAGAUUGCCAUCAAUCAGCUCGCGGAUCUCCUGCGCACCAGCAGCAGUGGCAGCGUGGCGUCCGUCCCGAAACCUCUCAAGUACGUUCGCACGCUCUUUCCGGAGUUAGAGCAAAUCUUAAAAGACGUCACGCAGGACUUUGCCCUCCAACGUCGUCUCCACGACGUUCUUUCCUUUGUUUCGAUGACAAUUGAGCACGACAAAGGGACCCGCCCGAGUUUAGCGCACAAGCUCAAAGGCACCCUAGACGAUCUCGCGGAGUGGGGUCAUGAGUAUCUGCGCUUUCUCGCUGGCGAAAUCGCCGCGGAGUGGGAGGAACUCAUUAGGAAGCAUGAAAACAUCAACCAUUUGUCUAAUCUUGUGGAUCAAAUCACGCAGUACAUGAUCGCGCAUCAGGAUGAGCCGACCUGUAUGGAUUUGCUCAUCGAGAUCAACGAUGUGAAGCGGAUUCUUGGGUUUGUUGAUAGCUCCAACUACAAACGGGUGGCGAAUUAUCUAUCGGCGGUGAGCCAUUAUCUCACCCGCCCCGCGGAUACCGAGGCCUUGAGCACGGUUUUUAAUAUUUACACCAAAGUCGGCGCGUGCUCGGACGCGGUGGUGAUCGCGCUCAAGCUCGGCAGCCAUGAAAAGGUGGAUUUUUUGUUUAAAACCUGCACGAACAAGGCCCUUCGCUUGCAAAUGGCCCUGACCUGCGCGCGCCAUCGGUACUUUAUAGAUUUUGAUGCGGAGGAAGAUGAACUUCUGCAGGAAGCGAAUGGCAAUAUGCGUAUUUCGCAGCUCUUUCGAUCCGCCGCGCAGGAGCUCGACGCAAUUGCGCCGAAGACCCCGGACGAGGUGAUUAAAAACGGCGACUCGUCAAACGAGCCACCUCGGGACUCCCUUCAAAACCUCACCAACACCUUUGUCAGUGGGCUGGCGAACUGCGCGUUUGGGAAGGAUAAAUAUCUCACGGAGAGUAGUACCUUCUUGUUUGAUCAAAAAGAAGAUCGCAUCAUCUCCACCACCGCCGCGUUGGGGUUAUUGCAUUUAUGGGAUCAUAUGGAAGGCCUGCAGGAGAUCGACAAGUAUUUUUACUCCGAAAGCAAUUACAUCAAAUCCGGCGCGUGUUUGGCCUCGGGGAUUGCCAUGUGUGGGAUCAAAAGCCCUUUCGACCCCGCCCUUGGCCUGCUUUCGGAGCAUGUGAAUUCCCCACAAAAAGAUGUCAGUAUCGGGGCGAUUCUCGGCCUGGGCUAUGCCUAUUCCGGGAUGCGAAAAGAAGACGUUAAAGAACUUUUGGUGCCGAUUCUCGCGGAUGGGGAGCAAUUGUUGGAAGUCCAGUGCCUGGCGGCCUAUGCGUUAGCCCUGGUAUACGUCGGCUCCGCCGACGAGGAUAUCACCGAGACGAUGAUGAACUGUCUUUUAGAAAUUCCAGAUAAAAAACUAACCGAGACCUGCGUGCGUUUUCUCAUUCUUGCCCUUGGUUGUAUGUUUUUGGGUUGUCAAGAGGGUGCGGAUACCCUAUUGGACGCGACUCAGGCGCUUUCGCCCAUUAUCAGCCAGUAUGCCGAUACGGUCAUCCGCAGCUGCGCGUUUGCGGCGACCGGGAAUGUCAUUACAAUUCAAAAAUUCUUCCACAUCAUCGCGGAAAACGACGACCCCGCCGACGACGACCCGAACGAGGACUCCAACAAACAAAACGAGGAAAAACACGACGAUGUCAGCUCCAAAACGUUAAAUUUCAAAGCCGCGGCCGUUUUAGGGAUUGGUUUGGUCGCCCUCGGGGAGGAAUUGGGGGCGGAAAUGGCCAAACGGGCGAUUAUUCACGCACUUUUGGCCGAUACGGUGAGUAAAAAAAAAGACGCGAUGUCCGGUCGGCGCGCCGUUCCGCUGGUCUACGCCCUUCUUUCUGCCUCCAAUCCGAGCAUGCCGGUGGUGGAAAGUUUAAAUCGAUUGGCCCAUGAUAGCGAUAUCAGUACGGCGAUGAAUGCGGUUUUAGGAAUGGGUUUGGUCGCCGCGGGAAGUAAUAACGCCCGGGUGGCGGGAAAAUUACGCAAUAUCGCGCAAUAUUAUCAACGGUCGCGGUAUAAUAAUACGCUGUUUACCGUCCGCCUCGCGCAAGGGCUGUGCGCGAUGGGGAAAGGCCAUCUGGCGCUUUCCCCUUUGCAAAACGACCGACUGACCGUCAACCACCCGGCGUUAAUGGGGUUGUUGACCCUCUUGCAUUGCGCCUUGGAUUUAAAUAAUACGGUACUGGAUAAAUACCAUUAUAUGGUCUUGGCGAUCACGCCCAGUAUUACCCCGCGAAUGGUGCUCGCUGUGGAUGAGAAAAUGGAGCCGGUGGAAGGGAUUCAAGUUCGCGUGGGACUCCCGGUGGAUACCGUCGCUUUGCCUGGUAAACCCAAGACUAUCACCGGCUUCCAAACCCACACAACGCCCGUCCUCCUGGCUUCUACAGAUAAAGUUGAAUUGGCUGAUCUCAAAUACCGCUCCAUUCCUUCAAUUGUGGAGGGCGUAUUUGUGGUAGAACAGAAACCCGUUAUUGAUUAA